AACGUAAGAGGGGUGCAGUUUUUUUGGAGGGGUGGUGAUCAGGUGGUUGAAGACAGGAGUGGCGAAUUAGAAUCAGAGAGAAAGAAGCGGUUUUUAUAUUUCUCGCGCGAUUCGUUUCAGGCAAGUGCAGUGCAGAGUCGAAACGACGUCGUUCAUUGUGCGAUGAAAGUAGCUCAACAAGUGUUGAAUCUCUGAACUCUUUGGGAUUCGAAUCUUGAGUCGUUGAUCGUUUCCGGCAAUGGAUUCGUGGCUCAAAGCCGCUGAAGGUUUAUUUGAAGUUGUAGAUCGACGAGCGAAGGCUGUUGCCAGUGACUUAUCAGAGGAGCAGGGUGAUUCUAAGUCUCCAGCAUCAAAUGGGCAAGGAUCUCAGGGCAAGAGGACAAAAUCAAAACCAAAGGCUCAAAAGGCACUAUCCGACUCACCAACUAUAAUUAGUGAUACUACUCACGAGAAAAGUGGAUCUCCAUCAGCACCUGUGGACAUAGCAACUUCAAUAGACAAAGUUGAUCCUGAAAUUGAUGUGAGCGCUUCCACGUCUACAAACCAACCAAAGGAGCCACAACCUAGCGAUGCAACAUCACCCUUGUUAGGCUCUUCAUUAUCAAAAAUUCUAGGCGAUGAUGUUGGUAAACAUGACACAGAUGAUGCGGAAGCAUUAGUAAAUGAUGCUGAUAUUGGAGUUGCCACAAUUGCUGGUAAUGGUGAUCCUGUCCAAGAGAGUGCUUCAGACAUUUGUGAGAUGGAUCCUCCUCCAGCUCCCAAAGGAAUUGAGGGCUCCAGUGAUGAACCCACUAGUACUGGCCAAAUUAUCAAAUCUAGAGAUUUAGAUGCCAGUAAAAAUGUGGAUAUAGAGAAAUCUGAUUCUGUGGCUUCUGACACAGCUCCUAAUAAUGAUCCUAUACUCAAAGAUUCUGAUGUAAAAGUUGAAUCUGUUGUGGACGAGAAAAGCCAAGAGGAUCACAAAGCUGACAUCUCCCCCGAAAAAGUACAGGAUCAACUUGAUGAGGCUCAAGGAUUGCUUAAAACAACAAAAUCUACUGGUCAGUCUAAAGAGGCUAGGUUAGCUCGGGUCUGUGCUGGAUUGUCAUCCCGUCUUCAAGAAUACAAAUCUGAAAAUGCACAGUUGGAGGAACUUCUCACUUCAGAGAGAGAGCUGAGUAAAUCAUAUGAAGCUAGCAUAAAACAGCUACAGAAGGAUCUGUCUGAAAGUAAAAGGGAAGUGACAAGAGUUGAAUCAAAUAUGGUUGAGGCUUUGGCAGCAAAAAAUGCUGAAAUUGAGGCACUUUUAAGUUCUAUGGAUGCUGUUAAGAGGCAGGCUGCAUUGUCAGAAGGAAAUCUAGCUUCCCUGCAGGCAAGUAUGGAAUCAAUGAUGAGAAAUCGAGAACUAAGCGAAACAAGGAUGAUGCAAGCUCUAAGAGAGGAGCUAGCAUCUGCUGAGCGAAGAGCAGAAGAGGAGCGUGUCGCACAUAAUGCUACCAAAAUGGCUGCUAUGGAAAGAGAAGUGGAAUUGGAGCACAGAGCAGUUGAGUCAUCCACUGCACUUGCAAGGAUACAGAGAGUAGCAGAUGAGAGGACAGCAAAAGCCACAGAACUUGAGCAGAAGGUGGCACUUCUCGAGGUUGAAUGUGCAUCUUUAAAUCAAGAACUACAAGAUAUGGAAGCCCGUGUGCGCCGGGAACAAAAAAAGGCACCAGAAGAGGCAAAUCAAGUAAUUCAGAAGCAGGCAUGGCAGGAAGAAUUGGAGCGUGCACGUCAAGGUCAGAGGGAAGCUGAAAACAAGCUAUCUUCCUUGGAGGCUGAAAUGCAAAAAAUGAGAGUUGAAAUGGCUGCCAUGAAGAGGGAUGCUGAGCAUUACUCACGUCAGGAGCAUAUGGAGUUAGAGAAACGCUAUCGGGAACUGACAGACCUUUUGUACUACAAACAAACUCAAUUAGAAACCAUGGUCAGUGAAAAGGCUGCCACAGAGUUUCAAUUGGAAAAGGAAAUUAAGCGUCUUCAGGAAGCAAAGGCAGAGGCUGAAAGAAGUAGAGUUUCUCGUCGAGCAUCAUCAUCUUGGGAAGACGAGACUGAAAUAAAAUCCCUUGAGCCUCUUCCUAUGCAUCACCGUCAUUUGGUCGGUGCAAGUAUUCAGUUGCAAAAAGCAGUGAAACUAUUAGAUUCAGGGGCUGUCAGGGCCACAAGAUUUCUCUGGCGAUAUCCAACAGCUCGAGUUAUUUUAUUUUUCUACUUGGUUUUUGUACAUCUCUUCUUGAUGUAUCUCUUGCAUCGCCUUCAGGCACAAGCUGACACAUUGGCUGCUAGAGAAGUUGCAGAAUCUAUGGGACUUUCUAACCAGAAUUUACCGUGACUUAUCAAAAAUAUUCCAUCUAGGGCAUGUGUCAGGUGUUAAUAAUAUCUUCCUGGCUACAUAUAUUUUCAAGUGUACAUUUCCAAUGCCACUGCUUAGGGUGGCUUGAUAAUGGUCCAGCAAAUGACUCGAGCAUUGCAAACCAAAAGAGGAACUUACGUACAGGCAUCUUAUGUCUCAAGUUGAUCUUUUGAGAAACUGCUGCAAGAUGGAGUUGGGAAGAUUGGAAUUUGCUUUAGCCAAUGAUUAAUGAAUGGGUGGCAGCUUCUGUUUCUUGUGUAGACUGUUCUGAAAAUUGAAUUGGUUGAUUAUAUGUUUAUUCGUUUUUUCUUCUCUGAAAAUGUAUUUCGAGUGGAACGAUGUAGAUAACAAUAUAUUUUGUGAUAUCCUUUUUCUUCGUUCCAAGGGCAAUUGCCAAAACUAAAGAAUACACAGCGCUUGAAUGAA